CCCUCCACACCCCUGGCCCCGUUUUCCCUCCAAGAAGAAGGGCUCCACUUGGGGCGCUGCCUUCUCCCCCCAUGCCCUGAGGGGCUCCUGGGCUUCUCAGAGGUCUCCAAGGGGUGCUUAGGGGGGGAAGGAGUGCCCUGGGCCUGGGAGGGAAGAAGGGCGCGCUGAGGAGGCGCUGCGGGAGAGAGAGAGGGAGCUUGGCCAAGGAGGAGCCGGGAGGUGGCUCCCUUGCGCCCUUGCCUUGGCUCGCCUUCGGCCGCCACUCAGACAGAGCCUCCGAAGGAGGACCCGAGGAAGAGGAGGGAUGCCGGUUGCCUCUGCCUUCUUCUCCUCCGGGAGCCUGCUGCUCCUGGCCAGCGCCGCCGCCGCCGCCUUCGGGGCUUUGGGAGCGGGCGCCCUGGCCUCGGCGGCCCAGGAGGAGUCCCUCUUCUCCGGAGAUGUCCUGGCCCUCUUCGGAGACAACCGGAGCCUCUCGGCCGCAGGGCUCCAGCGACUGCUUCAGGCCAUGGGAGCCGGAGCCCGGCUGCAGGAGGAGGCGGCCUCCUUGGCCCCGGGGCAGCUGGGCUCCCUGCGCUACAACCAGUGUAUGUCAGCUGAAGACAUCUUUUCUGUGCAUGGCAUGUCAAACAGCACCAAGGUGACAGCAUCCAGCUUCUCCACAAUAUGUCCUGCUGUCUUGCAACAGCUGAUUUUUCACCCUUGUGAAAAAUCUACAUCCAAAGGCAACUUAAAACCUACUCCCACAGAAGUGUGGGGCUUUGGUUUUCUUGCAGUGACCAUAAUCAACUUUGCUGCACUUCUUGGCUUGGUUUUAACUCCUCUUCUGAAGAAGGACUAUUUCCCUAAGAUUUUAACAUACUUUGUGGGUUUGGCCAUUGGAACCCUCUUCUCCAAUGCAAUUUUUCAACUUAUACCAGAGGCAUUUGGAUUUGAUCCCAAAAUAGACAACUAUAUUGAAAAAGCAGUUGGUGUGUUUGGUGGAUUCUAUAUCCUCUUCUUUGUGGAAAGAGUUCUUAAAAUGAUACUGAAGACCUACAGCCAUACUGGUCAUAACCACUUUGAACCUGAAGAACUGAAACCACCCCCAAAUCUUCCACUUCCUGCUGAAUCCUUCAAACCCACAAAUGGAACAAUGUGCUACGCAAAUCCAGCCAUAGCUGAGGCCAAUGGAAAUUUGAAUUUUGAUAACGUCAGUGUGAUCUCUGGACAGAAAGAAGAAACUCAAAGCAGCUCAUGCAAAUGUUUCAAGGGACCUUCAUUGUCAGAGAUUGGCACAAUUGCCUGGAUGAUCACACUGAGUGAUGCACUGCACAACUUCAUUGAUGGGUUAGCUAUUGGUGCAUCCUUCACACUUUCCCUGCUUCAGGGAAUUAGCACAUCUAUAGCAAUCCUGUGUGAAGAAUUUCCUCAUGAACUGGGAGAUUUUGUCAUCCUCCUUAAUGCAGGAAUGAGCACACGCCAAGCUUUGUUUUUUAAUUUUUUGUCAGCAUGCUCCUGCUAUGUUGGGCUAGCUUUUGGGAUAGUGGUAGGCAACAACUUUGCUCCAAACAUUAUCUUUGCAAUUGCUGGAGGGAUGUUCCUAUAUAUUUCCCUGGCAGAUAUGUUUCCAGAAAUGAACGACAUGAUGAGAGAGAAAGUAACUGGAAGGAAAACGGAUCUAGCCUUUUUCCUUAUCCAAAAUGUGGGCCUGCUCACAGGAUUUGCUGCUAUCCUGCUGAUCACCUUGUAUGCAGGUGAUAUUGAACUGGAAUAAUGUGAUAAUGAAGCUGUGAAGAUGAAUACACUUAGUAAUAUAUUUUUUUUAAAAAAUGGAAGAACUCUUGAACUCCAUAAAGGGACUUGGAAAAUAUAAAGGAUUUGUUUCAGUACUUACUUUCUUCAGGCAUUUAAAAACUAAACAAACAAAAAGGUUGUUCAUAGGGAUCAUCAAAAUCAGUGCUAGGACAAAGGUUUUCCUUCAACAUCUGUACAUUAUGAUAAUUAUUUUUGCAAAACUCCAGCGAUGACUUAAAAUUGUGAGAGACUUAUUAGAUUCAGGGAGACCCUUUGCCUUCAAAAACUGCACUAUUCCCUGGCAUCAUGAAGAGCUCUGGAUUGAGACAUUUGUGCUUUCAAGUGAGAAAUUAUGAUGGCACCUUUGUCAUUGUAGCCCUCAAAGGUACUGCAUUCUUCUUCCAUGGUGUUAAGUUUUAGACACAUCUGCAGUAUGUUGCAGGAUAAAAUAAACUAGACUUUUAGUGCAAGGUUACCUAUAUUGAGUCAGAGGUAAGUGCCAUUAAGGAUAAUAAGGCUUACUCCAAGGUAAGUGUGUAUAAUUUGCUGCCUCACCGAACAGUUUUACAGGGCAAAAGUGGGUCCGUCUAUAGCACAUGGUCUGCCUUUUCCUAUGUCCUGUCAGGUUUGCACCACCUGGGCAAAAAUUGAAGGUGAAUUUUUCUGCCUUUCUGGCUACCUUUUCUCUGGUGGCUUGUGGCCUCCAUGUCUGUAGAACAAUUAAUACACUCUGGAUUUUAAUCUGAACGUCAAGAGAACUUUCCAAGGGGCUCAACACUAUUCCUGAAAUAGGUUUUGCACUUUGAUAUCUUCAUUAAAGUUUGCAGUAAAAUGCAGCAUGUAUUUACUGUUUCUUUGACAUGGAAGCCACAGAACCAUUGAAAAUAAUGCAUUUUGGUUCCAUUGAUUCCAGUGGGAUAGAGUUUGCACUGUGUCUCUUCAGUUUUGGGGACUUGUCAAAAGAAUAGGAAGGCCUGGAUCAUGGGGGUUUCAUUGGCCUUUCCUGGUCUCUCCAAUCCCAUCUGACAGGAGUACUGGCUGCAAUAUUUUUCUGCAGCUUUGUGGACUCAGAGAGUGGAUUUUUCUCGUCACUUUCAUAGAAGAAGUUCCAACAAAAUCCUAUAGCCCUUGUCCUGUGGCUCAAUGGAUUCUUGCAUUAGCUGACAAGAGCAUUUAAUGCAAUACCACCACCUCCAUAAGAGCUUGUAGACUUCUGUAAUUAACUGUGAUACCAGUAACAGUUUCAAAAUAGGUUUAGGUUUUUCCUCCUUAAGGGGAAAUAAUUUUUUAAAAAUUGCUUCAGAAAGUUUGCAUAAAUGAUGCAAAGAUUCUAGUUACUAAUUGACAGUGGAUUAAUUAUACCACUUACUGCUUUUGAUCUUCCUCUUUCAAGGGGAUUGUGGGCUUAUAGAAAUGGCAUUUUUAAUAAGCAAAUGCCCUGAUGCUAAAAUUUCAACAAUAUCUUACAUACGUAAUGCUGAAAAGUCUUCAGGUUUUUAAAAAUGAUUAAAAUCUAAGUAUUUUUAAUAUCGCAGUUUAUAGUGUAGUGCAUCUACAACAAAAUGGUGCUGAAUCACAAUUGUUUUAGGUUGCAAAUGAAGUUUUGAAAGCUUCAUGUGACAGUUUUCAUAGAAAUGGAUCCACCUCAAAUGGCAGCAAUGGUUGGUUGAGUGCUGGCUUAUUUGUGACUUAAUCUUCAGCUGUUUCCUGUUUGUGGAAGCUCUGAUACAGGGCCAGCUCACAACAUUUUGCUGCAUAAGAUUUAAAACAAGAUGAUACCCCCCCCCCUCAAUUCCGUGUACAAAAGCCAGCUAGAUUGGAAAUUAAGCCUUACUGAUACUGGAAGAACAUCCUCCACUUAACCAGAAGGCAGCAGGGGUACACAAUAUUGAACAGAAAUUGGUCUUUUCCAGCACUUCGCUGCUGCCUUCUAUCAUUUGCCACUUGAAGUGACCCCCUCACUCUGGUCAGUGUUGGGGUGGCCAUGCUCUAAUAUGUGCACAAAGCACCUUCACCCAUCAGAACUGUGCAUUGACUUCAGUAGGUAGCACAGAUCUGUGCCUAGUACAGCUCUGUGCCUCAGGACAGAAGAUUGUGCAUGUAACAAUUCCAUAUAGCUAUUAGAGAGGAAAUGCAAUCUGGAUUAGUGCCAUGGAUUAAGGUUGUUAAUUCACUAUGCAAGGUUUUUCAUUAAAGUAGAAAUUGUUCAGCUGUCCAGAAGAUGUUGAACUGCCCCUUCCACCAGCCCUAGCCAAUAUAGCUAUUGGCAAGGAAUUCUGGAACUUGCAGUACAACAAUCUCUGUGAAGCUGCACAAUGAACACUUUUGCUUUUGAGAGAUUUAUUCUGUUUGCCUGCCUGCACUUUUUUAUUCUGGCUACCAAUGGCUCUCUAGUGUCCAAAGAGCGGUCUUUACAAGGCCUGGUACCUGAACAAUCUUUAAACUAGGACUGGGACCAUAAGACCCUACAGAUUUUUAAAUGUUUGUGUAUAGAAAUAAACUGAACCUUCCCCACCUCCCAAUCUGGCAUAAUCAGUUCACACAAUGCAUGGCAUUUCCCUUGAAUCUGGCAUGAUCAGGACACACAAUAUACACCUCUAUCCACACCAAACUUGAGGUAUACCCUCUUAACCUGGUUGUCUCUGAAGUUUGUAGGAAACACUGGUGUUCCCUGCAGUGUACACUACUGGAUUAACACUGCAUAAAGGGAGGUAGGAGAGGGGAGGCCAGGCCUGGCAGUUACUGCCAUUUUCCUUCAGCAUCUCCCACCACUGACAGAGCACUACCUGGGCACCACCAUUUAUAAAUGCCCAGGCUAGUUCUCUACUCAGAAUGAAACUUUAAGAAAGUAUUUUUCCUGCUUGUGCAGUGCCUAGUGCCUCAUUUUGUCAGUGUAUGUUGCUGCCAGCAGUGGUGCUGCGAAGGAAAAAACCCAGUUCCUCUUUGGAAAGACAUUUACAGAAAGGUGUGUUCUGAGGUCAGAAUGAUGUGCUUGGUGCCCAGAAUUAUUAUUAUUAUUAUUACUAUUUAUUUAUUAACACCCCACCUUCCUCCAGGUAUCGGGACUCAAGGCAACCAACAAAAUUUAAAACAGCCCAAGUUAAAACAAUACAAAGCAUUACCAAUACAAAGUUUAAUUAAAAAAAAAACCUAAAAGGCUACGUAUCAAAAUGUAAAAUUUUAACUGUUUAUAAAAGAGGUAAGCUGGUAAAAACUUUCUAUAAACAUUAUUCUGGAUGGGAAACUGGCCUGGUAAAUGGAAGUGCCUGCUAGACAGUGAUCUGUCCUGGCUCUGGAAUUGACAGGAAAGGCAGUAGUGGCAGACCGAAUGUCCAUAUGUGCAAACUACUGCAGAAAAAAACAGGUGUGGGGUGAAGGAUUAUGGAAAUUCUUCCUGGCCCUAGUCUUCAGGUUCUUCACUCCUCCUUUAACCCAAAGAUAUUGAAACUGGCUUGAUAUGAAUGCAAAGCACGUUGCUGUGUUAUUACGUCCCCUUUUGACCCAUUAUUAUGUAUACAGUUUUUAUAUGCAGAUAAAUUCAAGCAAAAAGAAUACAUUGUAUUCUUUUAUUCAUUUUGAUUCAGACCCGAUUCUACAUUUUGAUAAAUAUGAAUUUUCUUGCUAUAAUUUAGUUCAUGCAAAUUGUAUAUUACUUGCAUUCCAAAAACCUGUGCUGCUGCUAAUAAUAAUAAUAAUAAUAAUAAUAAUAAUAAUAAUAAUAAUAAGCUUGAUAAUUGCAGGCAGGAAUGGGAAAAGGAAAUAUGUGCCAUAUUUCUCUUCCAUUACAAUGCUGUUUGGAGGAAGUGUGCAAUAUUUAUUAUAAAAUUAUCUAUAUUUUCCUUGCUGCUAGGAAACUAUAACAAUUUCACAACUCUGAGGAUAUUGGUGCUCACACUUCUCUGUCUGCCUUUUGAGCUGAGAUUGGACCAUUCCUCAUUUAUUGUUAAAACUUUUCUUGUGAAGCAAUAAAAUGCAUUUGGAAUAUUGAAA